AUGUGUAUGGCGACCUACCUAACGUUAAUCCGCGACACAGCCUUCAAAAUAAUUAUCGAAUUUGGAAGUUUACUUAUGGGAGCGGGCUUUCUUUUCACACAUCGGAUCAAGCUCGAAUUCUCCCAGCCACCCAAAAAUCCUGCAAAGGAUUUCUCAUUCGGGAGAAACCUCCGUCAAUGUGAUGUCGUACUUGACGCGGGUCAUGGAUCGAGAAUAAGCAAUGUGCACUUCUACGUUACAUUUGAUCAUCACAGAAACAUCAUCUUGAUAGACGAGUCUACACAUGGGACAGCUGUCACUUAUAGCAACCAAAUCAGUCGGGAAAUGCGGAGAAAUUUUGAAUGGAUUCUUGAUCUCAACCGCGAGGGUGAUCGACUUUGGGAAGUGGAAGUCUACGUUCCAAAUCUGAAAGGCCUUUCUCUCAAUCUGGUUUUCUCUGAUCAUAGUACCUGCAAGGAAGAGUAUUCGGCCCGAGUGGACAGAUUUCUAGCAAAUUGCUUGUCGACUCUUCCGCCUCUCCACUUGAUCGGUCUUGACAGUCCUACUGCUGACGCUAGUACGGCUAUGACUCCCCGAAAACAACCCAUAUAUUUGCGUGAGCGAAAGACUGGAAGUGGAGCUUUGGCCCGUGUCUACUUGGUAAUCGAUGUGAGUACCGGCAAACAGUAUGCACAAAAAGAAUUCCAUUCGAUGCCGCAACAAGCUACGCUCAGGGAAAUUGAGAUUUUGAAAUGA